UCAUCCGCUUAACAUCUUAACAUCUGUUACCAUCUCUUGCACAUUUCACCACCGCACAGGUCUGAAGGAGACUUUGCCUGUCCCUUUAGACAAAAAGAAACAAACCAAUACACCUUUGAAACAGAGAAAAAAUUAGCCUUUCCUUCAGUGGGAUGAAGCAUGUAAGGCAUUUCACCCCAUCUUUAUUCCUCAAUUUGGUGCAUGUUUGCCUGGCAACUCAGGCAAAUUAUGCCCCCUACUUCUUUGAUAAUGGAGCCAGCAGCACUAAUGGGAACAUGGCACUUCUCAACCUUUCAGAAGACAUACCUGUUGGUACACAUGUGUACACUCUGAAUGGAACCGACCCAGAAGGAGAUCCUGUGACCUACGGAAUGACCUAUGAAUCUGGGUCAAGAAGUUACUUUGCCAUUGACACAAACUUUGGAAAUGUCACCUUGAUUGAGGAGCUUGAUAGAGAGAAAGAAGAUGAGAUUGAAGUCAUAGUCAGUAUUUCAGAUGGCCUGAGUACAGUUGCUGAAAAAGUCCGAAUCCUUGUUACAGAUGCUAAUGAUGAGAGUCCAGAGUUUAUCAACACACCUUACAUAGUCCACGUCCCAGAGAACACUCCCUCGGGGAGCAGUAUCUUUAAGAUCGAGGCAGCGGACAAAGACACGGGUUCUGGGGGAAGUAUCACCUACUUCUUGCAGAACAUCCAUACUAAUAAGUUUACCAUAGACCGACACAGUGGUGUUCUUCGCAUCAAAAUGGGGAUCACUCUAGACUAUGAAAAAUCAAGAACUCAUUUUGUCACCGUGGUAGCCAAGGACGGUGGUGGAAAGCUCAGGGGAGACAACAAGGUGUUUUCAGCCACAACCACAGUCACUAUCAAUGUGGAAGAUGUUCAGGACACCCCUCCCAUGUUCAUUGGGACUCCCUACUAUGGCUAUGUCUAUGAGGACACCCUUGCAGACUCUGAGGUACUAACGGUCGUUGCUCUUGAUGGUGACCGAGGAAAGCCUAAUAAUAUUCAUUACGGUCUCGUGACUGGAAGUGAAGGAUCUUUUGAAAUAAAUAAUACGACUGGAGCUAUUUCUGUUAUAAAAAACCCAAGUAAAUUAAAGAAAGAAGUGUAUGAACUAAAAAUUCAGGCAUCAGAAAUAAGUCUAGAUGGUGAUGUGACAGCAUAUGCUUUUGCCAUCGUGACUAUAAGGGUCGUCGACCUCAACAACCACCCACCAACUUUCUAUGGAGAAAAUGGGCCCCAGAAUCGAUUUGAACUGACAAUGUAUGAGCACCCACCUGAGGGUGAGAUCCUGAGGGGCCUGAAAAUUACAGUCAAUGAUUCAGAUCAGGGGGCCAAUGCUAAAUUCAACCUCCGGCUAGUUGGACCCGGUGGCAUCUUCCGAGUUGUUCCCCAAACGGUCCUGAAUGAGGCUCAGGUUACCAUAAUAGUGGAGAACUCUGCUGCCAUAGAUUAUGAGACGUUCCAGUUGUUAACCUUUAAGCUUCUUGCCAUAGAGGUGAACACUCCUGAGAAGUUUAGCUCCACGGCGGAUAUAGUGAUACGUCUCUUGGACACCAAUGACAAUGUCCCAAAGUUUUCAUCUGACUAUUACGUUGCCAGGAUUCCAGAGAAUUCCCCAGGAGGGUCCAAUGUAGUGGCUGUAACAGCUACAGACCCAGAUUCAGGACUCUGGGGAGAAGUCAAAUACUCCAUAUAUGGAACAGGAGCUGAUCUAUUUCUAAUCCAUCCAUCAACAGGAAUUAUUUAUACUCAGCCAUGGGCCACAUUAGAUGCUGAAGUCACUGCAAAGUACAACUUCUAUGUGAAGGCAGAAGACACAGAGGGGAAGUAUAGCUUGGCUGAGGUGUUUAUCACUGUGCUAGAUGUCAAUGACCACUCUCCAGAGUUCAAUGAGAACAUCCAGGAAAAGACUAUGAUCAUUGGAUCACCAGUGAAAAUAGAGGCUAUAGAUCAAGAUGCAGAAGAACCCAACAACAUUGUAGACUAUUCCAUUAUGCAAGCAGAUCCAGCCAAUGUAUUUGAUAUAGACCAAAGCACUGGAGAAAUAAAGCUGAAGUCCUAUAUCAGGUCCUUGGAUAUCAUUCACAAUAUCACCAAGAACAAAGACUGCAUAUGGUCUGUGGUAGUUCAAGCCAAGGACCGGGGCUCCCCUUCAUUUAGCACGACGGCAGUGCUGAAGAUUGAUAUCACAGAAGAGACUCUUCACAAAGGGCCAAUGGCCGCCUUUUUGAUGCACACUAAAGAUAACCCCAUGAAAGCCUUAGGAGUGCUAGCUGGUGUCAUGGGCGUAAUGGUGGUGAUCACAAUCAUGAUCUCUACUGCCAUGUUCUGGCGCAAUAAGAGAUCCAACAAAAUCAUGCCGGUGAGACGGAUCAUAAAAAAGAGACAGAUCCAUCAACCCAGGACGGUCAGGAUGGAGUGGCUGAAAUUCAAGUUGUCCAGCAAUUCUGCUGAGAAGUUUGCCAUUGAGGAUGACACAAAGAGUCUGCAGAAUGAGAACAGCAACAAUAAUGUCCAGGUGCCCUCUCUGCCACCUUCUGCCCCAGCCCUGCCCCCUUCCCCAGUUUUAGCGCCCAAGAUAAAUACCACUGAGUGGAGAGUGACCACAGUGUCAGGCUCCCUAAACCCCAAGUUUAUAAACAAGCCGGGGAAGAAAAAGGGCCCCAGCAGCAUCCAUAAUGCCCUGGUCUCAGAGCUCAAACAGAAGUUUGAAAAGAGGAACAUAGCCAGUAACAACCCCCAUAUCUAGUGCAUCUGUAGCAGCCACUCAUGGAGAUCAAAUAGACAUGCAGUGUAUGGAGAGAGGUGCAUGGUGUGAUUGAGCUUUUCCAUUUCUUUCAAUACAAAAGGAACUAAAAGCAGUUCCCCACUGCUACAAUCAGCUGUUACUUUUCACAAGUAUUACAUGGUAAUAUAUUUUGCAAUGGAAUUAGUUCACAUAUAAUAUCGGUGUCAGUUGCUAGAAUUGUAUUCAGAUCAUUUCUAAAAAGUAGUUUCCUCCCUGCACUGUAUGACCAAGGUGCUAAUUGUCCUGAUGUAGGCCAUAAUUUUCAGGAGGGGACAGUGAUUUUGGGGGUGUCCAACUUGAUACUCUUUUAAGAGACAUGCUUGUAAGAGGAGCUACGCAUCCCUAACUCCCGUUGAUGUCAAUCCUUAUCAGGGCUGGAAGAUAGCCGCCAUGGUGCCUAAAACUGGGCAUUUAAAAUCACACCACACUUGAAAAUGUUGACCUUCUUGUAGAAACAGCAGCAUAUCAGUAUAGGAGGUCAUUUUUUUUAAUUUAGGCAAGCUGUUAUUCUCUGAGUAAAUAAAUUAUAAAUGGAUACUUACACUCUUAGGUGUACUCCACAUUUUGCAACAGCUUCUGAAGCGAUGCGCUUAGGACUUAAGUAUCCUUGAUCCUAGAUAUGAACAGACUGGCUUUGAGAAGUUUUUCGUUUUCAUGCAGCUUACACUGGAUUUUGCCAGAGCAGCUUUGACAUAAUGCUUUCCUCCAUUUUCCAGCCAAACAUCCCUGCCAAAAAGAAAAAGGAAAGUCCCACUCAUUCUUUUCAAAAACAGUUGGUGAUGGGUCCAAAUAUGGAAACUGUAGCACCUGCAAGAGGUGGGGUUAGUGCUAAUUCAAUGCUGCUCCCUGCAGGUAGGGCACCCCACAAUUGUGGAGAAUAAGGGAGAAGCCAGACGUGAUUAAAGCAGGAAGACUGAAAUGUAAAAACUGAGCAAGAAAAUAGGCGUGAAAAGUAAAAGCAGCCUCUUGGAAGCUGGGUCCAUCAGUCAGGAACGUGUCUUAAAAAAAAAAUCCUUUACCUAGAUCUUCUAGCAUAGAGUGUUGGUGUGACAUGUUUCAUCAUCUAUCAUGGACUGAUGUAGGGGGUUGUCAGGUGACCCUUUCCAUUUUGGCCCAAAACAUUACUGUCCUAAUUAUGCUGCAGUUAAAAAGCUACUCUCAUUUGCCUCUGAAGCACCUAGUUUUUUCCUGCAGUUUGUAGCGUGGCAAUAAAGGAUCUAACCUAGGAUUACCCUCAUUCAUUAAUAUUUUUAAAGGAAAGCUCUUUACUCAUUUCUGAAUGGGUGAAAAUAACAAUGCAGAAGGGAGAAGGUAAAGCUGUUUUUCUGUAUUCCUGAACUGACAUUGAAGUACAGUCUGGCCGCUUAGUAUCAAUCCAGCAAAGCAGCUGUAACUGCAGUUUAACUCGAUGGUUAAGGCAGGUUAACAGUGCCUUUGCCUCACCUAUUUGUCAAAAGCAGCUGGCCAGUACUACUGAGUAUAGCACCUUGUUUCCCACUCCAAGGAUGAGGCCAAAGGUGACACUUUUAAAACUUUGCCCUCCCGGACACAGUCAUUAUAUGGGACAUUGUACCACAGUGUGCUAAUGCUAUGACACAAACAGCACAGUGUCAUGUUUGGAAUGCAUUACCUAGGGAGGUGGUGGAAUCUCCUUCCUUAAAGGUCUCUAAGGUCAGGCUUGACAAAGCCCUGGCUGGGAUGAUUUAGUUGGGGAUUGGCCCUGCUUUGAGCAGGGGGUUGGACUAGAUGACCUCCUGAGGUCCUUUCCAACCCUGAUAUUCUAUGAUUCUAUGUUACAUUGGCCCCAGAGAUAUUUCAGGCUCCUCUUGAUGUCAUUGAAGCAUACAGGGCUAUGCCAUGAAAAUCAGGAGGGUGGCAACCCUAAGCCAGAAGAAAGUGAAGUAUUCUGAAUAACCAUCUCUCUUCUAGCCUACUAUUUUGUUGGAUUAUAUUGCAUCUGCUACUGACCUAUAGACCUGCUGGAUCUAUUAGUCUGACCUAGUUCCUGGAUCCCUCCUUAACUCCUUUAUCCCUGAACCAUCAUAUAGUCCCUUUUCUCUACAUCUGUCAUCCCUGCAUGGCUGCCAAUUGCAUCACAUUUUCACCAUCAGGGAAGGUGAGAUGAGCCAUCUGCCCUAGGGUAAUGUCUAUGCCACUCCUGAAAUGACUCAACAGAUGGUGUCUUAGAGCACUGUGAUUCACUAUAUGUUUCCUCCUGUCUGCCCACAUCUCUCCCACACCAUCAGCUCAAAAACAGCAUGGCUUGCAGCAUGCAGCUGAGCUCCCACAGUCCCUAAAAGGAUUGAAUGAGUUCCCUAAACUAGAGCCUCAAAUAAUUGUAAAAAAUCUUGGCCCACAAUCAUGUAUUGGUUCUUGGCAGCAGUAUCAGGAAUUAUAAGUGAAUGUGUAAUCUUCAGUAGGUUAUUCCUAUAACGACAUUUCGCUGCCUGCUUUUAGGCCUUGUUUAAAGCCACGUAUUCUUUGCAGCAGCACAAUGAGGCCUGUCGCACUAAGCUUCAAACCUUUGUGAAAUAGCCAUUAGAAGUCACUGAGUUGUAGGUUUGACGGUUUGGUGCAAGCAAGUGCAAUGAGACUUAGCUUCGCUUUCAAAGUAUUCCCUUUGGGUCGAUCUGGUUCCAUGCUAGAAAAAUACAAACUAUGUCAGAUGCUUUAGCUGAAGCUCACAGUCAUAGAUGUGCACGAUAACCAGAGAAAGCAGUGGCACAGAACACCCUUUCGAAAUGCACUUAGAACCAAUUUAACCAAUUCCCUGGCAAAUACAUGAUAAAUCUUGCCUGUGAUUUCCACCCAUUUACACCAAGUGUGAUUCCAUUGGCUAAUGCCUGGUUUAGAGUGGCAGGCAGAGAAGCAGUUCCAUCCACAUUAUGAAAGCUCCAACUAUUACUACUUCUACUAAUUUCUGGAUACAUUUCUCAUAAAAGGAGGGAAUAUUUUAUAUUUCACUUUUUGAGUUGAGGCAAGUGGUAUUUCCAAAGGGCUAGAGAUAGGUAUACAAUAUACUGUGAGAAAUUGCACAGUGACGUACACAGCAGUUUAGGACAAUGGGCCUGAGUCUCUAUUCCAUUAUAUUCCUAGAGCGAUGCUGAUCUAAAACUGGUGUAAGAGGCUGGAGAGUCAUAUCUUAUAUAAAAAAAAUGAGGAGUCCUUGUGACACCUUAGAGAUUAACAAAUGUAUUUGGGCAUAAGCUUUUGUGGGCUAAAAUCCACUUCAUCAGAUGCAU